UAAUUACUAUGGAGGUUAGGUAACUGGAGGAAAGCCUGGAGGGCUGUUUUGUUACCCAUACUCUGUCUGUACUAGCGCAGGUAGUACUAAAUAUGUACCUACCUAGCCUAGUAUUUAGUAACAAACCUUGUCAACUUCAAAUCCGCCAUCUUAAAUCUACACUACUACAUAAUUUCUCUACCGUCGCCAAAUAAUUUUCUGAAUCUGAAUCUGAAUCUGCCUGCACAUCCCAACCGUCCCUUUUCUUGGAGGCAUUGCUGUCCGUGCAUACCUACUUUUUACUACCGAAACAGUCGGCAUCGUCGACAUUAUCGGCGAAAGCCCCACUAACUCGUUAACCCGAAUCGCGUCUGUCUAUUCUAGUGCUAUCGAAUAUUUCCACCAUGUCAUAUAAUCCCUACGGUGGAGUGCCUGGCUUCGGCCCGCCUCCCACUUAUAGUUCAUAUCCUGGUGCCGCUGGCGCUCCAGGUGUCCCGUCUGCUCCUGGUCUAGGACCUCCUCCAGGCAUGUCUGCCCCAGGAACGGCGCCACCACCUGGCGUUCAGCAGCACAACCUCAAUCAAGCUAAUCGACCUAGCGGUCUGCCGUCUUCCUUCCAAGCUCCUCCGAAUAUGCCUAACAUUAACUUCAACGCCCCUGUAAUCCGUCUCGGUACCACCUCCUCGAAGCCCUCAACCCCGGGAAUACCAGGCCGCAAAGAUAAUGAAGUCCCGACUUCCGCUGGGCCUAGGGCCGGCAUAGGUAUGGACCGUGGCUUGGACCAGACUCGCCAAGCUAUACGAGAAAAUAUGCAGUCGUUGGUCCCUCCAUCUAAAGAAGAAAUUGUACGAACCGUUUUUGUGAGUGGCAUCACAGCUGGCGUUGGCGGUAAUAAGGGCGUCGAAGAGAUUCUUAGCGCUGCAGGCAAGUUACGUCGCUGGGACUGUGCCACCGAUGCUGGUGGGAAAGACAUGAGCUUUGGCUUCGCUCAAUUCGAAGAUGCGGAGUCGCUCUGGAUUGUUUCUGAAAUUCUGAAAGAUAUCCAGAUUCCAAUGAAAAAGCAGGAACCGACAGACGAGCCAGCAGAUAUCGACGAUAGCUACGCAAAGUUCGAGAAGGGAACUCUCCAAGUCCGUCUGGAUGAGAAUUCGACAAAGUAUCUUGAGGCGUAUAAGGAAAGUAGACCUGAUGACUCAGGUGCAGAAGCAAGACUAGAAGCUGCCAGAGGUGCGUUGAAGCAGACCAUAAAGAAUCUCUUCUAUCCUACGUCGCGAUCAAAAGCGGAUGCAGAUGGUGAUGUCACCAUGGGCGAUAGCUCGGCCCAGAAUGGAGAGAAUGUUGAGGUGGUUAAUAUCCCCUUGGCACAGGAGGACGAGCUAGCCGACAUACCCGCUGAGAUGCGCGAGACCGUUGCCGCCGAGAUCGCCGCCUUCAGAGAACGAAGCAUCAAGCGCGAUUUAGAACGUCUAAAGCGCGAAGAAGAACUCGAGGCCAUGGAGCGCCAGCGGAACGGUGCCCAGAGGCCCUCUCGACUCAUGUCACCGCCACCUUCGAACGCAAAUAAUAUUCCUCUAGGUCCACGCGGGAUGCCUAAUGCGCCUUCGGGUCCUAAGGGGCAGAAGUCCGAUUUAGGCAAGGAUUACAAUAGAUCAAUCAGCUUCGUAAACGGUGGGACGACCAACGGCGGGUUAAAUCACAACAGAGACGAUGAAGAUGACUCUGCAAGUGACGGGGAGCUAGAGCGUCGACGAAUUGCCAAGCAGAAGGCCGAGACCGAGAAGCUAUAUCUUGAUGCCGAACGUCGCUGGCUUAACCGGGAGAAGUCUCGGACAGCGGCUCUCGAACGUGAGCAGGAUCGCGAUGAAUCAGACGCGAAGGACUUCGCCAAGAACAAGGAAAAGAUGCUCCAGCGACUUAAGCACUUCGACGAUGAUGCAGAGGCGUCGCGGAAGGUUGAAGAAUAUUACAAGGAUCGAAGCGCCUGGAUUCGAAAUCGCACUGCGUUUAGGGCUAGGGAAAUUGCUGCUGACGAUGCUGAUCGACAAGCAGAAGAACACGAACGUGUCAAGGAAGAAGCAGAACGUGAACAAGCCAGAGGUAUGGCUGAUUCAUUUCUUGAACGGCAAGCCCAGGAAAUGGAACAGCGGCAAACCAGCAGGGCUGGAAUUGCUGCACCGCAGCCAUUCAAACUAUCCCUUGGUGCAGCGGCACAGAAGGCGCAAGCGCAACGUGCAGCUCCACAGCGAAAGACUAUUGCCGAAGUUGAAGGAUUGCUUGAGGAUGAUGACGAAGAUGCAACCUCUAGGCGUCAACUUGUCCCUAUCCAAUUCGAGCCGGCUGCUGCAGCAGCCAUGUCCGAUGAAGAGCGCGACCAAGCCGUACGUGCGCUAGCCCAGGAGAUACCUAAUGAAAAAGAAGGACUAUGGGAAUGGGAUGUCAAAUGGGACUACCUGGAUGAGAGUGUUAUCCGAGAUAAGCUUAGGCCUUUUGUUGAAAAGAAGCUGGUCGAGUAUCUGGGUGUGCAGGAACAACUACUUAUUGAAGUUGUGGAGGAACAUCUCAGAAAGCAUGGCAAGCCUGGAGAACUUGUUGAGGAAUUAGUUGAGGCCCUGGACGACGAGGCGGAAGCUCUUGUAAAAAAGCUCUGGCGAAUGGUCAUCUUUUUCACCGAGAGCGAGAAGCGCGGCCUUUCUGCAUAGGUAACAUACCUAGGCAUAGGCAUAAACUUGAGCAAAGCAUGCAAAGGACCGAUGCUUUGUGCGAUGUAUAAUUACCUCUCCUUCGGACAACUAUGUGAUCUCACCACAAAUCUUGGGUGAUGCUGGAAGGCGUCUGGUUGUGGCCUUGAGUCGGGGUUUACAGGUUAAUAUUGCUGGUUUCCGGGUCGUCAUAGUAUUAGGUAUAAUGGCCCAGAAGCAACAUACGUACAUAGUACUAUCAGAAGGGUUACUUUGCCUACUUGCCUCCCUAGUGCCUACAUAUAGGUACAGAGGUGCCUAGUAGUAACAUUAGUUUUAUAAACUUCAGUAUCUAGAUGACUAUAUAGUACAUAGUAGGUGGAUUUGGAAGAGAAACGGCAUGGACUUUCAAACAUUACAUAGUACCAGAUCGGGGGGCUUUUUCAAAAACCAAGGCUGUUCAUGAAGACACUAUUCACAUGGCAAUGGGGCCUUGUUGCUAUAUACCGUGGACAUCAAUCAUACUAGGUAGAUUACUACUAGGUACCUACUAUGUAGUACUACAUAGGUAGGUACCUAGUACUUACAAUGUAGGUACAAAGGCACCUAGGGUAGUGACUUCCA